UUCGUGUUGACUGCCCAGAGUCCACGAACACAACCCCGCACCUCCAACUACCAACAACAAAUCCACCUGACCACACACACACAGCAACAGCCCUCACAGCAGCCACAUUCCAGCAGCUUCUCCUGCCUCUGUUCGGACAUGUCGCUCUACAGUUUUGGCCUGGAGCCGAUCUCCUGCCACACCUGGAACAAAGACAGGACCCAGAUCGCAGUGAGUCCUAACAACAACGUGGUGAUCAUCUAUGAAAAGAAUGGCAAAGAAUGGGUUAAGAUCCAUGAGCUGACUGAGCACAGUGGACGAAUCACAGGCAUUGACUGGGCCCCGGAGUCCAACCGCAUUGUAACAUGUGCCUCCGACCGCAACGCCUACGUGUGGACUCUGAAGGACGGCGUCUGGAAGCCCACCCUGGUCCUGGUGCGCAUCAACCGGGCCGCCACCUGUGUGAAGUGGUCCCCACUGGAGAACAAGUUCGCCCUGGGCAGCGGAGCUCGCCUCAUCUCCGUCUGCUACUUUGAGAAGGAGAACGACUGGUGGCUGAGCAAGCACAUCAAGAAACCCAUUUGCUCCACAGUCCUGAGUCUGGAUUGGCAUCCAAACAACAUCCUACUGGCGGCUGGGUCCGCAGACUUCCACUGCAGGGUUUUCUCAACCUACAUUAAGGACAUCGAGGACAAGCCCGGACCCACUGCCUGGGGGGCCAAAAUGCCUUUUGGGGAGGUGCUGAUGGAGCAUAAGGACUGUGGAGGCUGGGUGCACAGUGUCUCCUUCUCCCCUGGGGGAGACCAGCUGGCCUGUGUGGCCCACAACAGCAGCAUCACUGUGGUGGAUGCCACCCAGGGAAAGGGGGUGACCCAGCUGACCACCAACCAUCUGCCUCUUCUGAGUGUGCUCUACGUCAGCCCCACUGAGAUUGUUGCUGCGGGCCAUGACUGUUGCCCGUACCAGUUCACCUAUAAGGGUCCAGGUGCUCUGGAGUUCGUGAAGAAGCUGGACAUCCCCAAGCAGACCUCUAAGUCCAGCGUGUCAGCCAUGCAACACUUCCGCAACCUGGACAAGAAGGCCACGGACGAGGAGAGCAACGAGAUGGGCAACGUGCACCAGAACAGCAUCAUGCAGCUGUGUGUCGUAUCUGGGAAGAAAGCCAGAGUGGAGAAGUACAGCAGUGUGGGUCUGGAUGGAGCCGUCGUCAUCUGGGACUUUAAGGUACACGUCAAACCACCAUGCAAAAGGGAAACUGGGAUUUAG